GUUAAAUGAGAAUCUUGUUAUUUUUUUUCAGGUUCAAGUUGGGGAUAUAGUGAAGGUUGUCAAUGGACAAUUUUUUCCAGCAGACCUUAUACUAGUUUCAUCAAGUGAGCCAAUGGGAAUGUGUUACAUAGAAACAUCAAAUCUUGAUGGAGAGACUAACUUAAAAAUCAGACAGGCCUUACCCCUUACUGCAAAAAUGACAUCACUUCUAGAGAUUCGUUGUAUGCAAGGACGUGUGGAGUGUGAAGGACCAAAUAAUCGACUUUACGACUUUGUUGGAAAUAUCACUCUUCAAACUCAAAAAUCAGUACCAGUUGGUCCAGAGCAAAUCUUGCUAAGAGGAGCAAAUUUAAGGAACACACAGUGGGUAUUUGGUCUAGUUGUCUAUACCGGACAUGACUCCAAACUUAUGCAGAACUCCACAGCUGCUCCCAUCAAGAGGUCAAAUGUAGAUCACACUACCAACAUUCAAAUCUUAUUCUUGUUUGGGCUGCUUCUUGUCCUGGCUCUUUGCAGUACUAUUGGGUUUAAGAUUUGGACAGAUAACCAUCGGGACACUGAUUGGUACCUGGGAUAUUCUGGUAAAAAAGCCCAGAAUCUUGGCAUGUCCUUCUUGACGUUCAUCAUUCUGUUCAAUAACCUGAUCCCUAUCAGCUUGACAGUUACACUUGAGGUUGUGAAGUUCAUACAAGCCAUCUUCAUAAAUCUAGAUAUUGACAUGUACUAUGAUGAGACAGAUACACCAGCAAUGGCAAGAACUUCCAAUCUAAACGAAGAGUUAGGGCAGGUGAAGUACAUUUUCUCAGACAAGACAGGCACGCUAACAAGAAACGUGAUGGAGUUUAAGAAAUGUUCCAUUGGAGGAAUCAGUUACAGUGGUGGAAGAGAAACGUUCAUGGAUCCAGCUCUGUUAGAUAAUCUUAGAGAACACCAUCCGACAGCUUCAGUGAUUCGAGAGUUUUUGACGUUAUUAGCCGUAUGCCAUACAGUUGUUCCGGAAAGAGAACCAGGAAAUCCUGAUAAGAUUGUUUAUCAAGCCGCCUCUCCAGAUGAAGGUGCUCUGGUGAAGGGAGCUAAGAAACUAGGCUUCUCGUUCAACGUCAGGACUCCUACAUCAGUGAUUAUCAACGCGAUGGGCCAGGAAGAGGUGUAUGAAGUCCUAAAUGUGUUAGAAUUUAACAGCACUCGUAAGAGGAUGUCUGUAAUUGUUCGAACUCCAGAAGGAAAAAUCAAGUUGUACUGCAAGGGAGCUGAUACAGUAAUCUUCGAGAGAUUGCAAGACAAACAGAUGUACAUGGAUAGCACUGUAGAGCACUUGGAGGACUUCGCUAAAGAAGGUCUACGCACUCUUUGCAUAGCAAUGGCUGAGCUGGAGCCUGAGGAGUUCCAGCGGUGGAGUGAUAUCUAUUACAAAGCUUCCACAAGCUUGGAAAACAGAGAAAAGAACGUGGAUGACGCUGCUGAACUUAUCGAGAAGAAUUUGUUCCUGUUAGGCGCCACGGCCAUUGAAGAUAAGCUUCAAGAGGGUGUCCCAGAAAGCAUUGCUGCCCUAGCGGAUGCCGACAUUAAGAUUUGGGUUCUCACUGGUGACAAGCAAGAAACUGCCAUCAACAUUGGUUACGCUUGCCGUUUGCUGACUCCGGAGAUGAAGCUGUUAAUCUGUGGCGAAGAGACACUGGAUGGCACGCGUGAGUGGUUGAAUGAACAUGUCAAAUUGGUGGGUCGGAGUGGCUCAUCGAGUAAGAGACCGUCUGCCACAAGGGAUGAUCUUGGACUAAUCAUAACUGGCAAGACUCUGUUGCAUGGAUUGUCAGAUGAACUCAAGUUGAGUUUCUUGGAGCUGGCUCUCGGUUGUAAAGCUAUCAUCUGCUGCAGAGUGUCUCCUCUUCAGAAAGCUCAAGUUGUGCGACUCGUCAAGCAGCACGUAAAGGACGCCAUUACUCUUGCUAUUGGCGAUGGAGCAAAUGAUGUUGGCAUGAUUCAGGCGGCUCAUGUUGGUGUAGGUAUCAGUGGAGUUGAAGGUCUGCAGGCUGCCAGCGCUUCAGACUACGCCAUUGCACAGUUCCGUUACCUGAACAAGUUGUUGUUUGUCCAUGGAGCAUGGAGUUACCAACGACUAGCCAAACUCAUCCUGUACUCUUUCUACAAGAAUGUCUGUCUGUAUGUGAUUGAGCUAUGGUUUGCACUUGACAAUGGAUUUUCUGGCCAAAUCCUGUUUGACAAAUGGUGUAUUGGUAUUUACAAUGUGGUAUUCACUUCAGUUCCCCCUUUAGCCAUUGGCUUGUUUGAUCGGACAGUGACGUCAGAGAGCAUGCUCAAAUACCCCAAACUGUACAAAGAGUCACAGAAUGCCGAGAUUUACAAUACUAAGGUAUUCUGGAUGUGGAUCGCUGCGUCUGUGUACCAUUCCUUGCUGCUGUUUUAUCUUCCCUGUUUCAUGCUAAGACACGAGGCCCCUUUCAGUGAUGGAGUUAUUGUAGGCGAAUGGUUCCUAGGAAAUGUCGUAUACACGCUAGUCGUCAUUACGGUUUGUAUAAAAGCUGGAAUGGAACUGGACACUUGGAACUGGUUGUGUCACGUGGCCAUUUGGGGCAGUAUCGCCAGCUGGUUCAUAUUCCUGUUAAUUUACUGUAUUCCUGAUAUCGCUCUGUAUAUUGCUCCUCACAUGAUUGGACAGGAUCGUAUGCUGUACUCUUGUAUUGUGUUUUGGAUUUCUCUUUUCAUCAUACCGAUGAUAACACUGCUGCUGGAUUUCUUAUACAAGAUAUUUCGAAGAACAUUUUACAAAACUCUGAAAGAAGAAAUUCAGGAAGUUGAAGCUGAGCAUGGAGAUCCAAGUCGUUUAAUUAUGUCAGAUCAUGCUAUACACACACAAAUCUGGUCACGAAAUGAAGCGUUUGAGGACAGGAAAGACCGUGGUGCUUCUGCGCUUGGAUUUGCCUUUUCUCAAGAAGAGGAUGCUCGAGUGGGACAGGCAGAGCUUAUUCGUCGUUAUGACACCACUCUGAAGAAACCUCGAGGCGACUAAAGCACUCAUCUUAAUCAACCUCACGUUUGAGAAGUAGAAAAUAUUAGUGUUAUUAUUUUUUUCAUAAAAAAUUUAUAUAUUAUUUAGAGGGUAUUUCGUACCCAUUGUGUUCAAGCAAUAUCAAUGUUUUCGAAUGAUGGAAAUUAUCAUAAUUCUGAAUGUAAAUUUAGGAAAUAAGGAAUAUUGUUGUAUCAUAUUUUUUUUCGUCGAGCAAGGAAAGAAGUUUGUUUUUCGGCCGAAUCUCGUCUUUAAUGCGGUAUAAGAUGUUCAUAGACCGUCCUUAGUUAAAGUAUGUUGCUAGGUAACGUGACCUUACCAAUUGACGUAAUGCCGACACAAGGCUCGUCCUCAAUCUGAUUGGACGUUAAGAGUCGGACGGCGUUCGUGUCUUUUGACGGAGAU